CAAUGAUUUGCUGCUUAGAAAUUGCAAGAGAAGCCCAAUAAUAACAACAUUACUAAUCAGACCUUUGAUGAACAGAAACAGAAACAAAUUUGCCAGGUAUCAACGAAUUCGAAUCGCAUACUGCGUUUAUUUAUACAAGCAGCAUGGCACAUCCCAAGAAAACCAGCUGCAUGCAUUACGGCUAGGUGUUUGACCAACAGGUCAACGAGACACAACAGUAGGGCGAGUUUCACAGUGCCUAAUAUGUUUUGGACUUCGUUUAUUUUAUGGGCAACAUGUUGCCAAUCGUUGGCCUCUGCCCAUGCUAAAAUUCUACCUCCGGCAAACGGAGAAGAGAUCUUCAUCAACAACAACGGCGUCACGCUCCACUACCGCAAGUACGGCUGUGGCCCAUAUCUUGUACUGCAGCAUGGCUUUCCAGAUCGCGAAACAACGUUCGCCGAUUUCCAAGUUCCUGCCUUCGCACAGUCGUAUACCGUCCUAACGCCAACCCUGCGUGGAUAUCCUCCAUCAUCUGUGCCCCCUGAGGCCGCAGACUAUGGUCCUGAUUAUUUGGUUUCGGACCUCGCUGCCAUACUCGACCACGAGAAUACCACGACAGCUACUGUUAUCGGCCAUGACUUUGGUGGCGCUGUCGUGCAAUACUUCUCUCUCUACCACCCCGAACGUGUCGAAGCAAUGGUUAUGAUGAAUACCCCCCCAUUUGCUACCUUUGUGCCACUCAUCAACUUCGACAAAGAAGCGCAAGAAUACGCACGCUACACCAUCCCCUACUACACCUAUAAACCGGGCCAACCGAAAAAUAUCUCGACUCUUGUAGAGAAUAUCCGGAACACCACGUAUCGCGCGGAAAUCGCCGCAUAUCUCGAGGCAUCCCCUAUCGAUGGGAUGUUGCACUACUACAGCGCAAAUUAUCCGGGACCACCAUACGAACAGAAUACUAGCGUAAGCGGGUACGUGCAGAAAGUGCCGAGUAUGUUGCUUUGGGGCGUAGAAGAUGUGUACUUUUCGCCUAAAAUGCUGGAUGGGUUGGAAGGGUUCUAUAAUAAGGGAAUCAGAUUGGUGACGGUGCCCGGAGCGGGACAUUGGGUGUUUAGAGAUGAUUGGCAGAGGUCCAACGAAGAGAUUUGGAGCUUUUUGAAGACUGUGCUGAGGCUGUAGACAAAGUGUAUGAAAAGGAAGGAGCAAGGUUACAGGAAGUAUUCCUCUGUCUUGCUCCACACAUCAGCCUUGCCCACCUGUUUAAUUAUUAGGCGAUGGAAUAAUCAUUGCCCUUGCAGUUUCAUAGCCAUAACCCCUAAUAAGAUGAAAGGUAC